GAGAUGAAGGUGCUACCAGCCUCUGGCCUUGCUGUCCUUGUUGCAGCUCUAAAGUUUGCCACUGCAGCCCCUACACUAUUUGCAGCCGCCCCUAGGACCUCCAGGAGCAGCUACCACAUCGCACAGGAAUAUCUUGACAAGUAUUACUCACAGAAAGGAGGCCUCCAGGCUGGUGAGAUGGUGGCAAGAGAAGAUAACCCCAUGAUCAGGAAGAUUAAGGAGCUACAAUCUUUCUUUGGCCUCCAAGUCACUGGGAAGUUGGACCAGAACACGAUGAACGUGAUCAAGAGGCCUCGCUGUGGAGUUCCCGAUGUGGCCAACUACCGCCUCUUCCCAGGUGAACCCAAAUGGAAAAAAAAUAUUUUGACAUACAGAGUCUCUAAGUAUACGCCUUCCAUGAGUCCUGCUGAGGUGGACAAGGCUGUAGAGAUGGCCCUGCGUGCCUGGAGUACCGCUGUCCCUCUGAACUUCGUUAGGAUAAACUCUGGGGAAGCAGAUAUCAUGAUAUCUUUUGAAACCGGAGAUCACGGGGAUUCCUACCCGUUUGAUGGGCCUCGAGGGACUCUGGCCCAUGCAUUUGCACCUGGAGAAGGCCUGGGAGGAGACACACACUUCGACAACGCUGAGAAGUGGACUAUGGGGAUGAAUGGGUUCAACUUAUUCACCGUCGCUGCUCAUGAAUUUGGCCAUGCUCUGGGCCUGGGCCACUCCACAGAUCCAUCAGCACUUAUGUACCCAACUUACAAGUACCAGAACCCCUACAGGUUUCAUCUCCCCAAAGAUGAUGUGAAAGGAAUUCAAGCAUUAUACGGACCCAGGAAGACGUUCCCAGGAAAGCCGACCGUGCCCCAUAUCCCACCUCACAAGCCGUCCUUCCCCGACCUCUGCGACACCAGCUCAUCCUUUGAUGCGGUGACCAUGCUGGGAAAGGAGCUUCUGCUCUUCAAGGGCAGGAUUUUCUGGAGAAGGCAGGUGCACUUGGCAGCAGGGAUUCGACCCAACACCAUCACCAGCUCCUUCCCACAGCUCAUGUCCAAUGUGGAUGCGGCUUAUGAAGUGGCCGAGCGGGGCAUUGCUUUCUUCUUCAAAGGUCCCCACUACUGGAUCACACGAGGAUUCCAGAUGCAAGGCCCUCCCCGGAUAAUUUACGACUUCGGGUUCCCAAGGCAUGUGCAGCGAAUAGACGCUGCGGUCUACCUCAGGAAGCCUCAAAAGACCCUUUUCUUUGUGGGAGACGAAUACUACAGCUAUGAUGAAAGAAAAAAGAAAAUGGAAAAAGACUAUCCAAAAAAUACCGAAGAGGAAUUUUCAGGAGUGAGUGGCCAUGUGGAUGCUGCUGUGGAGUUAAAUGGCUACAUUUACUUCUUUUCAGGACCCAAAACCUUCAAGUAUGACACAGAGAAGGAAGACGUGGUUAGUGUGGUAAAAUCCAGCUCCUGGGUUGGUUGCUAAGCUCACAGGGUCAGCAUCUCCACAGAGAUGAAGACCAUGUGAGCAGCUGAUGACUGGACAUUAUGAACUAAGCAGAGCCCAGGACACUCUCACCCGGCCUUCAACCCUAAGGGUGAUUUAAAGUUCACUGAAAAUAAUAAUAACUCCAUUGAUUUUUCUAAUUAUCCAUUCAUAGUUUUAAUCCAAAUAAGAAAUUAAGCCACCUUUACUCAGAAUCAUAUAAUGCCCUUUGGUUAAACAUUCUUUCUUUUAACCUACUAUACUAAAGCAAAUUGAUCAGUUUGGUUUCUAUUUAUAGAAAAAAGACUGUAUACGUGCACAUGCACUCACAGUUCUUUCAUUAAGAAAGGUCAUUCAUUACCUUACAAAUUACAAUUAUCCUUUAAAAACAACGGCCGUCAUUUACCAUGAUGAGUAUACAUGUCCCGACUUAUGUUUUGGAUGUAUCAUGAAUGAAAUGCAACACCAGGUCUGUUUCUAGGUUUGGGUUGUUCUCUGUGUCCCUCACUGGUCUCUGAAGUGUGUUGGUAGACAAACAUUCAAAUUAACUUUCGUGCUCACCAGCAGCUGGACACUGCAACAGGGAACCUUCAACAAAACCCAAUAAAAAAUGUUGUGUUAGAACACUUCCUCAUUUCUCUUUCCUGUUAAUAUUUACUAGCCCUUAUCAUGCUUUAUUUGGCAACAAAUUCUUUGUACCUGUAGAAACUUAAACAAUAGUAUCGUAGGUACACAGAGGCAGGAAAGCUAGCGCAGUCUGAUCUAUUUCCUUCUUCCUGGUGGCAGCCCCAGAAAGACAUCUUUGCUCCACCUCGGUUUCCUCUGAGCAGUUUUCUAUUAGGGAAGUUUUUGUUGUUUUAGAGGUUUUUUGUUUGUUUGUUUGUUGUUUUUUAUUCAAACUAAACUUUUCUUCCCAGCUCUAUCCAGUUAACAGCACAGAUAUAAUUAUGGCUAUCAGUCUUAGUUUUUAAAACUCUAGCCUAGAGAAUUCUAGAGCCAGUCUAGAGAAACCCUACAACAUUUUAGGAGUUAUGAAAUUGAUAAUAUUUUACUUCAUAGGCUGCUUAGAAGAGCUACAGUUAUAACAUCUACAAGCUGUCAUUGUUAGUGUCGCUUAUUAAAUUUGCUUCAUGGGCCGGGCGGUGGUGGCGCACGCCUUUAAUCCCAGCACUUGGGAGGCAGAGGCAGGCGGAUCUCUGUGAGUUCGAGGCCAGGCUGGACCGACAGCCUCCAAAAUAAUACAGAGAAACCCUGUCUUGUAAAACCAAAAAAAAAAAUUUGCUUCAUGGAUUCAUUAGAAGACAAUACAGUCACUACAAGCAUUCCCCUGGGGUUCAAUUACUGAAAGUAAUAGUGCAUACCCAACCAGAUGCUGACUGUUGAAGACCACAUCUGGUGUCUUUGCUAAGGCUAGGUGCUCCUAUUAAGAAGCAGAGCCGUUUCUUCUUUAUGGCAGGUGGGAAACAUCUUCUCUCAAUAAACAAAAACAAAUAAACAAACCCAGAGGCUAGAGGGCUCAGAGACUGGGAAUGCUUGCUGUCCUUGUAGAAGACCCGAGUUCAACCUGUAGCACCCAUGUGGACAACUUUCAAGCAUAUGUUAGUUUCCGGGAGCUGAUCCUCUCUGUGGCCCCCUUGUGCACCUGAACACACAUGUGCACACAGACACAAUACACAAAAAUAAAAAUAAGCAAAUUGUUUAAAAAACAAGAAAAAAAAUCAAAGUAGUGUGGCAAGCCCUCACAAUGUUAAACGGAAGCCGAGGAACUGCACUACUGUGUAUACGCCUAUGAGAAAUUAAAACACAAAAACUUGGACACGGGUGUUCGCAGCAGCAUUAUUCACAAUAGCCUCAAGUGGGAAUAUGUCCAUCACAUGAUGCAGGUGUGAAUAAAAUGUGGUAGACUCAGACAAUGGAAUGUUUAGAAAACCAUAAAAGAAAUGAGGUGCUGAGACAUGCUAUAAUAUAGAUGAAGUUUGGAAAAUUAUACUAAAUAAGAAGGCAGGCACAAACGAUCAUGUGUUGUAUGAUUCUAUUUAUAUGAAAUGUUGACAACAGAAAAACACAUAGAGACAGAAAUGCGAGUGCUUGUCAGGCAUCAGGGAGCCAAGGAGCAGGGGACAGGCAUAGAGUUUCUCAAUGGGUAAUUGGAGAUAUUCUAGAACUAGUGGUGGUGAUGCUUGUACAACUCUGUGAUGAUACAAAAGCUGCCCAACUGUACAAUCUAAAUGAGUGAAUUGUGUAUUUAUAAAUUCUGCCUUGAUAAAGUUGUUAUUAGAAACAUAAAUUAGUGAUGUGGCGAGCCAUGGAAUUCCUGCACAGAGCAAUGCAGCACUGUACUGAAGACAUCUGGUACUGAGCAACCAGAUGGUUCCCUUCUUUGAGUCCAGCACUUCCCAGGAGAGGGAAGACUAAAGGUGUUGCACUGUGCAGAGGGUUGUCAGGGAAGCCAUAAAGAGUGCACUCUGGGGACAGACUGGCUGCACUCAGAAGCCCAGGACUUGCUUUCAGCUAUGCGGCACUGCUCUCUGAUCUCUUCAUGACUUCCUCCUUUGCACGGCAGAUAAGAAUAGCUCUUGACCUCCUGGGGACAGUUAGAGACUUAAACUACGACUCAGAUUAUACAAAGUUCUGAGAGCAGUUCCUUGAAGUCUGAAGGGCUUACUAGUUGUUGUUCUUAAGAUGAUUAGCUAAUUUUGUUCUGAGAUAUUGUGGAGAAUUCAGCCCUCUCUUGAGCUCUCACAAGAUCUGGCGACCUGUAACAGCACAUGACCUGGUAACCAGGAUUUUUCCUUUCUAAAUUUCAGAUUCAAUCAAAAACUAGAAGAAUAUACUGACUGUGGUAGCUCCAUGGCCCCCCAAAGUCUCUCAAAUGGUUCCCAUUGGUUGUUGAGUCAGAGGCAUCCUGGCUCUCAGCUGUAACUUACGUACACUUUGGGAAGAUGGGGACUCUGGAGCACAACAGACAGCUUCUGUGUCAUUAGUAAUGACACUUGCCCUAUUAGACGCGAUAGUACUGAAGAAAUAACUUAUAACAUACACAGUGAGAUUUCCAUUUCUGAGGGCUUCUUACCCGCAUGUUUACCAAACAGGGAUAAAACAGGGUGACAAACAGUGUCUAUAUACUGAGUAUAUGUAUUUUUAUUUGUUGAAAUGAUACCAUUCUGCCAUCUACAUAUCAUCUAUAUUCCACUACAUAUUAUAAGCAACAGAUGACUAAACUAUAUGUGAGCAUGCGUCCAGCUUACCUUUUACAGGAGGAACCUGUGCAUUCCUAGACAUUGUUAUCCGUGGAGUCAGCAUCCAAUCUCUGAAAACCAAGAGACACCGCUCUCGCUUAGCUUCAGGGAAACUAAGUGGAAGACGGCCAUCCCGUCACAGCCAUCACAGCCCAGUCUCUGCUGACCUCCGCGGAGACUGUGGGCAGAGCCCUCUGCAAGCAUCAGAAAGCCCACUGGAAGAUGUGCAGAUCCUCCCAGGAGCGCCUCCCCAGCUGCUCCCUUUGAUGAUACAAAAGGUUCUGUGACUGGAGUCAGGCGGUCUUCCGCUUAACCCCAUCCAAAAUGGCAGCCCUGAGUUAGCCAGGGAAGCAUCGGGAGGCCACACAGGUUUCUAUGUCACAAAGCUAAACCAGCUUUUCAGGGUUUUAUUCAGAAUUCUGAACAUGUGUUUCUGAGUUCUCAGAAGGUCUCCAGGAUGUUUUUAUUUAGACACAUCCGCGUUUUGUCCUUAUUUCUGUUUUCGUCAUUUUCAAAAGUGGUACCGAAGGGUCUUUGUGAAUAUUUCCAAUUAAGCUAUCCACAGAAGUACCAUUUGAGUGUAUAGUACUGCCCAGUGGCUCCCAGUACAGGCACAAGAAGGGUCUAUGGGGAGAGGUCUGCAUUUCCCCCAACAGGCCUGGACAAACACAGCAUCCUGAAGCUGUUUCUCACCGGCCACGAGUGCCCAUUGUUAGUGUUGGUCCCCCCUCAAUGUGACUUCAUAAUGUGCUCAAACCACAAGGCAGCCUUCUGACCCCCAACCUCCAUAACACCAGCUCUGUUCUCACUACCUAGACUCUUGCAAUUGAGGUUAGAAAAUGACUUUUGAGAACAAAUUAGCCUGUUUUCAAGGGUGCAUAACUUCGCUGUAAUCUGUUCUCAAUCUCAGUCUUCUUCCUUCCUCUAAUCCAAUAUGACAUUUAACAUGUUUGAGAAUAAAACUAAACUUUUCUUGCACAACGUAGUUGUUCCAGCAAGAGUUGGAGGAGAGAUCAAGAGACAGAAGAACAGGAACCCAGAGAAAAUCACAGGAGAACACAGAACAUGGAAAUCCUUCUCCAGUGUUCACAGUAGGGAACCAUGGGGUGGUGUGAAAUAACAACUUGCUUAUUUUUGGAAUAUCUCAAGGCAAUAAUACAAUGAUAAGCAUUAGUAAUAUAAUGAUAACAUUAGCCUAAGGUCAAAUUAUGGACACAUUUCUAUGUGUACAUUCAGAGGCAGCCAGCACUUACGCCUCUGAGAGAAUAUUUAUCUGGGAGCAUACCUAAGAAUGGAAUUGUUGAGUCAUAAAUCUGUGCAUGGAUUGAGUUUUCAUAUGUGCCACCUAAUCAUUUUCAAGGUGACUGUAAUUAUACUAUUGUACAUUUCCACCCAUAA